CAAACCCCUUCGUAACGACGAAAUCAACUAAUCUACUACCGUUGUGGUGGUGUAUAGCCACCUAAAAUAAGACCAGAUUCUUCUCUGGUGCUGAAAGGAACAGUUUUAUCACCCGAAUAUCGGAUGGAGUCUUAGCAAGACGUAUCGGCCACAUUAACCGCGGACGAGCCUUGUGCGAAAAGUGACGGUCAACACGGCAUGAAACUGGAAGACGAGCUUGAACUGCAAGACGAGCUUGAGGAUCUCCUCUCACAAGCCGGACGAUAUGAAGAGACGGCAGAACAUGGGAACGGUACUGGAGCGGUCCACGGCUACCAACAGGCAGUGAGGGCGUACGAGCAGGCUGCAAGCCUAGCCGAAAGACUUUGGGGCACACACGAUGAGAACGCUUUAAAAGUGCGGGACAACUGGGCAGCCUGUCUCAGAGAUGCGGAUGAUAUAGAAGCCGCUAUAACCUUGAAUGUGGAGAAUGUUCAGCGAUAUAAGGACUCUCUCGGGGACGAAGACGAAUUGACGAUGGAUGCUGAAAGACGACUAGCCGAGAAUUGGUUGAGGAACUCUCAGUUCGAAGAGGCCAUAGAGCUAUAUGAGAACAUUCUUCUGAGAGUGACUGCUAGGCAGGACCCAACGCGGAUCAAGUGUGAAGACCGAACGGAUCUGGCGGCAGCUUUGUUCAAAUCGGGCACGACGCGCAACAUCAUGAGGGCCGUCGACCUCAACAUGCAAUCUCUCCGGGAAGCUGAGCAGGACCUCGGGCGGGAGAAUAUCGAGACGAUUAAAGUUCGCUACAAUCUGGGAACGGAGUUAUUGAAGCUCUCGAAAUACUCUGAUGCUACAGAGAAAUUCCGGGAGAACAUCGACCUUCUGCAGAGUUGUGCGUGCAAGACAAGACCACAUCCCGAGCACGCAAUGUAUCUUGAAGAUUGUCUGGCCUCGCUUAAGACUUGCGAUUUGAGGCUCGCACGACAAGAGCAAGAGAGACGGAACGAAGGAGAAGCAAGGAGACAACAGGACGUGGAAUGGGGAGAAGCUCGGAGGCAGGUAGAAGAAGCGGAGAAAGAACAACAGCGACAGACGAAGGCGGAAGGGCCCAGAAAAGAAUGGGAUCGAUUCAAAAAGUAUGAGAGCGAUCAACUGGGGAAAGCAAAGAAACAAGUGGAUAAGAAGGGACAGAAGUGGGCAGAAGAGGAACGGAAGCAAAUCGCAGAACAAGCCCAGCUAGCCAAGGAGAAGCUAGAGAGCGAAAAGGCCCCGCGGGUUAAGCAAGAGCAACGUGAACAAAGACUGUCGAAAGAAGAGGAGGAAGAGAAGGACCAGAAGGCAGUCAGUGAAAAGGGGAAGAUUGCAAAUGGAACAGCAAAGGAGGACUCCACAAGUCUCGAGGUAGUGAUCGGGUUCCAAAGCGCGAAGCAAGCCGAAUUGCAGGACGAGACCGCGUCAGGGAGGAAAGAGUUGCAUAAGAGUGAUCAUCUGGCAAGCUCAACUAUAUGCCAGCCGUUACAGGCUCAAAGUCAAACAUCGGAGGCUAAGAGCCUACCUGGAAUUAAUAGUCCUGAACCAAAGCGGGUCCAUGCCACCAGUCCUCCAACGUCUUUGGAAAGCGUAAAAGCUCGUACGCCGUCAAUCGACACGGUCAUGCCCGCACAGCAGUCGGCACUCGGGGCGCAGAGCUUGAUUCAGAGGCUGAGAGCAAUAUCCAACUUUACCGCGAGGGUAGUCAGCUCUGCGAGCGCUCCUCCGGUCUCGCGGCUUAAUGGUCAGCAAACAGCUGACGGCGUAGCGGAACGCCCCCCAAGGAAAGAAGUGGAUGAGCCAUCGAAUAUUGGCGACUGCAGCAAAGUUCACGAUGGCAUUAACAGCGAUGAAGAACACCGCUUACGGUCCAUGAAGGAGACAAAGCCCUCGGCGCCGAUCCUAUGGAUUUCUGAUGUUGGGAAAGGCUGGUGCUGGCUCUAGAAUAGAGAGGCGGAUCCCUGGAGGAUGGCAGCAAGAUUUUGAUGAACCAAACGAACGUCCGCUGCGAAGAACUCGUUCGAGCGGGGCGUUCCCAGAACCCACAACAAAGCUUCUCACCACAGGAAGUGGGAAGCAUAGGCGAGCUUCCUCCGUUAAUCCGCCUAGAACACCAAUACCGUCGCAGGGUCCGCGCC